ACAACCACAGAUCCACAGAACACUUCACCGUUCUCAGCGACCCUAUAGCUUUUUGAAUAGCUCCUUCCGCAAACCAUCAAGUAGAAGAUGGAAAGGGUGACGAGGCUUUCGACGGAGAAGGCGGUGGUGAUCUUCACAGCGAGCAACGAGUGCCCGAUGAGUCACACGGUGACGACCCUCUUCUCCGGCCUCGGCGUGUGCGCGGCGGUGCACGAGCUGGACAAAGACCCGCGCGGCCACGACAUGGAGCGUGACCUCGCCCGCCGCCUCGGCCGCUCGUCUCCCAUCCCGGCUGUCUUCAUCGGCGGCAAACUCGUCGGCUCCACCGACAGGAUCAUGUCACUGCACCUCGGCGGCAAGCUCGUGCCCAUGCUCAAGGCCGCGGGGGCAAUCUGGCUCUGAGCAUGCGUGAGAGAAGCAUAUACGUCAGAAAAUUUUGCACUUUGCAUGGAUGUAUGCAUGCGCGCGUAUAGAGGUUUGGUUUUGCACUUUAGCCAAGUCCUUAGGUGGUCGACUACCUAUCUUUAAAAAUGAAAAAGACGGGAGCACGGCAAGUUUUGGAGGCUAGCGAUAUGGAAUGACAGAUCUACGUAUUAAUACGACUUUAUCCACCAUUUCGCC